UUUAUGAAGUGGGGUUUUCAGAAAACUGAUCACACGGUACCUGUACAGCCAAUCAAAAUUUGUCUUACGAAAGUGAAACUUCAUGUCAUAACUUAGGCUUGAUGGAAAUAAUAGAAAUGUACCUAAAACUUAAACUCAAAAAAUUAUUUGAAGUUCUCUAGAUUUGCAACUUUAAUAAAAUUGAUUCUAAAAAUAUUAUUUUUAUGAAUUAUUUUCAAGCUUAAGUUUUUUCUUUACGGCCACUUUGAUGGCAACAUCUAAAAAUAUACAUUUUUUAUCCAUGUCAUUGUCAACAAUAUUGCUAAAUAAAUUUCACUUUUCAGAGAAUAAAUAAAUACAUUCUCCACUAUAGGUUGCAACAUAAUUAUAUCUAAUUGACCUAUUAAAAUAGCAAGAUUAAUAAUAUUUAUUUCUAAAUGCUAGCUUUAAAUUAGCUUAACGUUCAUUGUAUUUGGUUUAAUACAAAACUUUUUUCUGGUAAGGUAGAAAGUAUCUAACAAAUCUUUCUUCUAGUAAGGUAGAAAGUGUCUGACCAUGUCAAAAUCUGAGUUACGCAGCAGAGUGAAACAAAAGCCCAGAGGCAUUAUACAGCCAGACAGCCAGGAAGAUGGGACAGGUUCUCAUGGAAGAUUGGAUACGUAUGGGGCCAAAGUUUGUGGCUUAGCUGUUCUACUGGUCUCUGUCAGCCUGAUUGGCUGGUACCGCUAUCAGCAGUAUCUACAAGACAUCAUCAUUACGCCACACCCCGCCCCUAAAAUCAUCUCAGACAACAGUUCUCUGCCCUCUGUCAAACCUGACAGGUUUUGGGGGACCUACAGACCCCACACCUACUUUGGAGUCAAAUCUCGCAGCCCCACCUCCCCGGUGUUUGGGCUGAUGUGGAUGACGGAGCUGAGUGGUCAGAUGCCCCCCCCACUGCGCCACUGGUGUGACCAGGGGGACGGCCUUGAGAGCUACACCUGGCUGGUGCAUGAUGGGACCAGCUUUGGUGUGCAGGAGCUGCAGGAGAAGCUGUACCUGGUCAAGACGGAGUUUGUCAAACAGCCAGGUGGUCACCAUGGGGGGGACUGGACCGCAAGAAUUCACUUUCUUCCCAAAGAACCUCAGUCAUCUGGUGUGGUGGUGUCCAGCUUUUUCUACGCCGCGCUCGAGUCCAACAAUGGUCAGCUGGAGCCAGAAGUGGUCAAAGGUCAGCUUAGCUCUGUGCGGGGCUGGAGCCAGGAGUUGGGGGGGUUCAGGCUCAAGUUUGUGGCUCCUGACGGGGCCAGCAGGAAGGAGAGUUACCUGGUGAGCCACGCCAGCCAGCUGGACCAGCUGAAGGAGGUGCUGGUGGCAGGCCUUAAGGUGGACGCUUGGGACAAAGCUCGCACCAUCCCCUACUUCAAGCUGGCUGGACGCAGGCUGCCGCAGGGAGUUGGGCAGCCAAACUUGGUUGUCAAACAGGUGACAGCCCAGCUGCCCUUCUCUGUGGAACUUGUCUACCAGUCCUCCAGCUUUGAUCAGAGAGCUGAGGAGUUGUCAGGUCAGGUCUUGACUGCCAUCCUGCAGCACAAGCUCCAGCAGUUCCAGGACAAGUUCCACAAGCUCUUCAGGCUCAAGGAGAAAGGUUACAGCGACCUAGAGCAGAAGUUUGCUCAAGCUGCUUUAAGUAACAUGCUGGGUAGCGUCGGCUACUUCUACGGCUCCUCCCUGGUGCAGUCCAGCUACACCAAGGAGCCGGUCAAGUACUGGGAGGCCCCUCUCUACACUGGCGUCCCAUCCCGGCCUUUUUUCCCCCGAGGUUUUCUCUGGGACGAGGGCUUCCACAACCUGCUGAUUGCUGCCUGGGAUGAAGAAAUGUCCAAAGAGAUCAUUGGCCACUGGCUGGACUUGAUGAACGUGGAGGGCUGGAUACCCAGGGAACAGAUCCUGGGGGACGAGGCCAGAGCCAAGGUCCCUGCCCAGUUUGUGGUCCAGAGAAAUUCAAAUGCCAACCCGCCCACUUUUUUCCUGCCACUGCAGGGUCUGGUCAGAAGUAUGGUGAACAGCAGCGCAGCAUCGGACAUGGCGUACUUGUCCGCCCUGUACCCGCGCCUUCAGGCCUGGUUCCAGUACUACAACACGAGCCAGGCUGGGGCUCAAGCCUUCACGUACCGCUGGCACGGCAGGGACGCAACCACCACCAAGCAGCUAAACCCGUUGACCUUGACCUCUGGUUUAGAUGACUACCCACGAGCUUCCCACCCCACUGAUGAUGAGAGACAUUUAGAUCUGAGGUGUUGGAUCGCGCUGGCCGCUGGGGUCAUGCGUGACAUCGCUGUAGCUCUGGGCAAAGAUGGUGGGGAAUACGAGGCCACGUACCAGCUGCUUGCGGACAACAAGCUGCUGGACCAGCUCCACUGGUCAGCCAGGGGCAAGCAGUACAGCGACUACGGCCUGCACACAGACAAGGCCAGGCUAGAGAAGCCCAAACACGUCCAGACAGCGCACCGCCCCCCCACAAACGUUGACCCGGACAAGGUCCGCGUUGUCCUGAGCGAGCCGACGUAUCAGUUUGUUGACGCGUUUGGCUACGUCAGUCUUUUCCCCAUGCUGCUGGGUCUGGUGGAGCCCGACUCGCCCAAGCUGCAGCAGAUACUGACUGACCUGACUGACCGCGACAAGCUGUGGACAGACUUUGGUCUGCGCUCCAUCAGUCGCAAGUCCAAGUUUUAUGGCCGCUUCAAUACGGAGCAUGACCCGCCCUACUGGAGGGGACCCAUAUGGGUCAACAUGAACUACCUGUGCCUGUCUGCCCUGAAGCACUAUAGCACUGCGCCAGGACCCUACCAGCACUUGGCUCAAGACGUCUACACGCGCCUGCGCACCAAUCUGGUCAGCAAUAUGUUUAGAGAGUUCCAGCGCACUGGAUACAUUUGGGAGAACUACAGCGACAGCAACGGUCAAGGUCGUGGCUCUCAUCCAUUUACUGGCUGGUCAGCUUUAGUUGUUCUUAUUAUGUCUGAAAGGUAUUAGCUCAGUUAGGAUGGAAGGCUAGUUUGUUGUAUUAGGUCAGUUCAAAUGGAAGGCUAGUUUGUUGUAUUAGGUCAGUUCAAAUGGAAGGCUAGUUUGUUGUAUUAGGUCAGUUAGGAUGGAAGGCUAGUUUGUUGUAUUAGGUCAGUUCAAAUGGAAGGCUAGUUUGUUGUAUUAGGUCAGUUCAAAUGGAAGGCUAGUUUGUUGUAUUAGCUCAGUUAGGAUGGAAGGCUAGUUUGUUGUAUUAGGUCAGUUUGAAUGGAAGGCUAGUUUGUUGUAUUAGCUCAGUUCACAUGGAAGGCUAGUUUGUUGUAUUAGGUCAGUUAGGAUGGAAGGCUAGUUUGUUGUAUUAGGUCAGUUCAAAUGGAAGGCUAGUUUGUUUUAUUAGGUCAGUUAGGAUGGAAGGCUAGUUUGUUGUAUUAGGUCAGUUCAAAUGGAAGGCUAGUUUGUUGUAUUAGGUCAGUUAGAAUGGAAGGCUAGUUUGUUGUAUUCUUUCAUCAACCUUAGUACUACUUUGAUGCUUGCAACAACUUAUGAUAUACAUCAGGUUUGUGGUAUGAAUGACAUCAGGUUUGUGGUAUGAAUGACAUCAGGUAUGCGGUAUGAAUGACAUCAGGUAUGUGGUAUAAAUGACAUCAGGUAUGUGGUAUGAAUGACAUCAGGUAUGUGGUAUGAAUGACAUCAGGUAUGUGGUAUGAAUGACAUCAGGUAUGCGGUAUGAAUGACAUCAGGUAUGUGGUAUAAAUGACAUCAGGUAUGCGGUAUAAAUGACAUAGUGCCUCUACUUGAAGAGGGCAACUGAUGGUAUAUGACACACACACACACACACACACACACACAGUGUUGAAUGACGCUGAUUUGUGGUUGAAAAAUAUCAAUCAGGACUUCUUUCAAUAUAUCCUCAUUCAUUUCAUGCCUGUUACAUUUUUAAAUGUCAGUUCUUUCAAUACAACCUCAUUCAUUUCAUGCCUGUUACAUUUUUAAAUGUCAGGAGUUCUUUCAAUACAACCUCAUUCAUUUCAUGCCUGUUAUAUUUUUAAAUGUUUUUAAAUCAACAUGUUAACCUUGUUUCAAUGACAAUAAAUAUAUUUUUUA